ACUUCCCGUAUGCAGGCUGUGUAAAUAUCCGGUAUUAAAAAUAAAAGUGGCAUCCUCUUUUCAGUCAGUAAUUGCCGUUGAACGUUUCAUUUAGGUCUUUUAUUUUGAAAAACGGCUACUCUUUCGCCCCUCCUUGAGUCUCGCUUACCUUUGAGCCAUGUUAUUGUUUUCUUCUGAUUAUUGUUUUUUUCUCUCUCUCUUAACAAAUUUGUCCAAAUUUUAGAUCUCAUUUUGCAAAAAUGUAGCUAGACCUCGCAGUGCCAUAAGUGACAACAAACUUUCAGCAUGAACGACAUGAACCUCAGUCCGGUGGGCAUGGACCAGCUCAGCGUGCCCUCGGUCAGCGCCGGUCACCUGGGCCUUCCUACCUCGCCCACUCACAGCCACAACCCCAUCGCCACUCCAGGAAUGCCGGUCGCCAUACCGAGCCUCGGGCCGUCUCUCGGGCCGCUGCCCUCGGCGCUGUCCCUGAUGUUACCCAUGGGGCCGUUAGGAGACCGAGGAGUCAUGUGUGGCCUUCCGGAGAGGAACUACACCCUGCCUCCUCCUCCGUACCCUCACCUGGAGAGCAGCUAUUUCAGACACAUCCUCCCGGGUAUUUUGUCGUAUUUGGCCGAUCGUCCUCCGCCGCAGUACAUCCACCCCAGCAGCCUCAACAUGGACGCUGCUCUGUCCGUGCCCAACAACAACCCUUCAUCCCUCGACCCUUACAGCGGCCCAGGCGGACAUUUAGAACAAGGCCUGGUGUCCAUAGAUUCACGGCAGGCCGACCUCCACCAGGGCGGCGCUCAUGAGGUGCAGCUAGACGCGACUGGACUGGCGAUGGAGUCGCGUGUGAACAGCCCCAUGUCUCCUGACGGGAUGGGGGAAGAGCUAGCCACCAUGGACGGCGUGGUAGUGACGGCGGACGCGCAGCAGCCUCUCGGCAGCAGGAAUCAACCCCACGAGAGCCUGGAGGGAGGCGUCAUGGCUCUUCACGGCCCCGGACUGGAGCUGCCCGUGGUGAUGGAGCAGGAGCACAUGAGUGGACGUGUAGGGAGCAGCUCAGGAACCGGAGCUCCAGGAACCCUGAGCGAAGCUCUGCACUCUAACGGUGAGCUGAGCUCGGGCGUAGUCAGUGUGGUGCUCACCGGGGCCAUGGCGCCGCAGACUCAGCUCGAAUCUGUAUCGCUGCACAGCUCAGGCAUGGUGCUGGAGCCCGUAAACGUGUCCCCGAUCACCGCCGAGGUCUCGCUCGGGCCGGAUAACAGUCUCGUCCUGGUCAACUCCACCCUACAUCUGGAGAACGCCAGCGCAAACAAGGAGAACAUGACCACUGCUUUCACGAUUUGGUGCACUUUAUGUGAGCGCUCUUACACCUCCGACUGUCCCGAACACGGACCGGUCACAUUUAUCCCGGACACGCCCAUUCAGACCAGAGCCCGCCUCUCUUUGCCCCGCCCGCUGUGCCUCCGUGUGUCUGUAACUGACGAGCCCAACGGUGUGUUUGUACGGGAGACGAUUCCCACCAGGACCUGCUUCGGCCCAAUGGUUGGACAGCACUGCAGCAGCGUCGAGCUCUCAGACUGGACUGAUAAAGACACGCCUCAAAUCUGGAAGAUGUUCCACAACGACAUCUUGGAGUUCUGUAUAGUCACGACCGACGAAAACGAAUGCAACUGGAUGAUGUUUGUGAGAAAAGCAAGGACGACACAGGAGCAGAAUCUGGUGGCGUAUAUUGAUAACGGGAAGCUGUUCUUCUGUACGUCCAGAGAGAUCCUCCCCGAGCACGAGCUGUUGUUCUAUUACAGCAGGGAAUACAGCAGACUGCUGGGCGUACCCCGCGUCCCAGAGGGUCAAAUCUGCCACUGUGGAAAAGAAUGCGCCUCCUUCUCCGACUUCAAAUCUCACCUCAGCAGCCACGCCCACAGCCACAGCCCCUCCCAGGAAGACCCCACUCACGGCGUCCACCCCCAGGAGAAGCUGGCCAGCGAGGCCCCCAGUACCACCUCGUCUCCGCCGUGGCAGUGCCAGUCUCAGGGUGACUGUCAGUCCAGCAGUGGAAGCGGUCAGCGUCACGGCAGAGAGAGGAAGUUUAAAUGCAGCAUGUGCUCGCGAGCGUUCACGACCUCCACCAAACUCAACGUGCACUUCAUGGGUCACAUGGGCGUGAGGCCACACAAGUGCAGCUACUGCAGCAAAGCCUUCAGCGACCCGAGUAACCUGAGGAUGCAUCUGAGAAUCCACACAGGUCAGAAGAACUUCCGGUGCAGUGUGUGUGGAAAGUCCUUCACCCAGAAAGCCCACGUAGCGUCUCACAUGGUGAUUCACACGCCGACCAAGAACAUCAAGUGUGACCACUGUGACAAGACGUUCAACAGGAAACAGGAUCUCAAGCAGCACAUGUACUCGCACUCGCUCGACCGACAGAUCACCUGCCCGAAGUGCGACAAGCAGUUCCUCAAAACCGAUCACUUAAAAAAGCACCUGAACUCCCACGACGGGAAAAGGGACUUCAUCUGUGAAAAAUGCAACAAGGGCUUCCUUACGAAAUACCAUCUGACACGCCACCUGAAAAUCUGCAAAGGCCCAAAGACAGGCAGAGGGGCCGCUCACGAAGACGAAGGCGAGGAGGAAGACGGGGACGAGGAAGAAGAACCAGACGAAGAACAGGAAAGAGAUUUAAUAGGACCAGACGAGAGAAAAGCGUGCGAUAUUGGCAUGGCGGGCUUUUCCUCAGAGAAGACUCUUUAACCUCUCACUGUGAUUUUGCAAUUUGCCUCGCUUAAGCUACACUUUAUUUAGUGCUUUUUUUUUUUUUACUCAGUUUACAUUCUGUUUCAGACCUUCUGACGUGCCAAAUCAUUUGGGGAGCGUCUCUACGUUCCCAGGGUCCUAUGUUCCCAAGAUUUCUAUGGCACGUAAUAAACACAUGACAAAGGCUCCUGUGUUCCCCAGUUCCCAGGGUCCUAUGCUCCCCAGCUCUAUAUAGCACGUGAUAGCACGAGUGCUGCAGGGAUGACGUAUUUUUGUCGGACAACCCGGAAGUUAGCAUCACCCCGGUUCCCUCGACAAAAAGCCCGUAGGAUUUUUCCAUUGGAUUUUGGAUUAUUGGAGAAAAUAAGCGUCAACAAAAGUUUAGAAUUCGUACACGUUUCAUUCAUCAACAUAAUCUUCGCAAAAGAACACAGCAUUACAAUUGGGAAAAAAACACUACGAUUGGAAAAUACCAUAAACUGAUAAAUGUACAAGUUGGGAAGUUUGAGUUGGAAUAGUUUGCAAGAGCGUGAGUAGUAGAUGAGUUUUCCUGUCCGGCGUGAUGACGUUUAACGUUCCCGACACCUUCUGUAGUCCCAUUAACCACUUGUUAGCAGCCGGCUUUUUCAAGACACGUAAAAGUUUUUUUUAUUAUUAUUUGUUUUUGUUUUUGUUUUUAAAUCACGAGUGUGGUAUUACUGGUGUAUUUUACGUCGUAGAGUUAAACGUGAAAAUAUCUCGAGCUUGUGUUAACCACAGACCUUAUUUCAGGCGUUUAACCAAAAACCCAAUCAGACGACCCGUUGACUUCAGGACGAUGGAACCGGAAGGGCUAAAAUGCUAACUCGUUUCCAGGUUUGAGGACUCUAUGGGAAGCUAAAAAAAAAAUUAGUUCCCAUAGAGAACAUUCGCUUAACAUGAGACGGGUUAUUAUGGGAACUCGUCAGAGGUUUUCUGUUCCCCAGCACUGUCAUAUGGCUCUCAAUAUAAUAGGCCUAGACUUGAGGGAACUAAAUAAAUGGAUGGAAUCAUGGAAAGUUCAUAGCUUCCUUAGGUGAAAACGGGAGCGUAUCUAUGUUCCCAGGGUCCUAUGCUCCUCGGCGUUUAAAGCUAAAAGGUUAAAUGAGUCCUGACUACAUAAAAGCUUUUUGAAAAGUUUACUUAAUGUGUGUUAACAGAAUAUUGAACUGGGGAACAUAACGAACACGUGACAAAGGGUCCUGCGUGCUGGGGAAUAUAGGACCCUGGGGAAAAUAGGAAGGACCCCAUUAUUUGUAAGCUCUGGUUUAUGGAACAAUUCCUGAAACACGUGCUGUAUCUGAAACGCUGCCAUUUUAAUGUUUAUCAGUUCAGUGAAGUCGGUACUUUUGUCAUACUUUGCCUUAGUUGUUAUUUAUUUGUAUAAUUUCAGUGCGUAAAACCGCCAUCCGUUAUGAAAUGAGGUCAUUUAUAAAUAAAUUAAUUUCUAUAAAUCUU